GUUAAACAAAACGGCAUGUUGCAAGAAAUAUCAACCCCACAAGAAAUAAAGAACACAUUAAUAAUUAAUAUAUAUCAAGAAAGCCACGAUGAUAUAAAUGAUAAGAAUGUCAAUAUCAAUUCACAAUAUCUGGCUAAGACCAUUCAAAACGGGCAGUCUUCUUUAAUAGAAGAAAAGUUUAAUGGAAAUAAUCAUCAGGUUACCAUUUUUAUUCAAACUGAAGAGCCUUUAGUGGAGAAACAUUUUGAUAGAGAUGAUCAUCAGAUUACCAUUUCCAUUCAAAUCAGAGAGUCUUUAGUGGAGAAAAUUUUUGAUGAUCAUCAGAUAACCAUUCAAACUGAAGAGCCUUUAAUAGAGGAACUACUUGAUACUGAUUUAGAAGAAACGGAGGAUCCGUUUGAAUUAAAAAUUGGUUUUACCUUUACAAAUUGGCCAGAAUUUAAAAUCUGGUUAGAUAAUUUUACCAAAAAGAAGGGGUUUAAUUAUAAAGUAAGGAACAGCCAGACAGAUGGAGGAAUAAUGCGUAAUAUUAUUUACGAAUGUUCAAGGUCAGGCAUUCAUAUUCCACAAGUAACUUCUGACCUAGCUAAGUGA